CUGAUUCAAACGGUCAAAACCCCACUCUCUCUCUCUCUCUCUCCCUCUGCAACUCACUCUCAUGGCUUUUGCUUGCCUCUCAAUUCCACACAUUCUCACUCCUCAACACCAUUUUCUCACUCUAAACCCCAGAAUCCCUCUUCUCAAACCCAUCUUCCCUCUAGCUCCUCUCUCUCUCCGAACCCGACCUGUUGGUUGUCCGUCUGCCAUUGGACCCGACGGCAAGUUCUACCCGAACCCAUCAGACGAUGACCCACCCGAAGCGCCUGAAGAUUCCGGCCAUGGAGUUUCAAAGUUCCAGCAAAUCCAACGCCAGGCUUCCCGUGCUCGGAAGAUCCAAGAGGAAGAGUUCAAGAAGCACCAGUCCACUUUCCUCUCCGCCAUCGCCGACGUCGAAGACACGACGGAGAAUCCGGGCUCGGUGAGCUCGGAUAACAAUUCCGGGGACGAUUUGUUCGGAGAAAUCGAUAAAGCCAUUGCAAUGAAGCGGAAGGAGUUCGUGAAGCAAGGGCUUCUGAAGCCCAAUCCGAAGAAAGAGGAGGUUGUGGAAAAUGUUGAAGAGUUGGAGCCUGAGGAAGUCGUUGAUUUGGAGGAGAUUGAUGAGCUUCAGGGACUUACUGUCACUUCUGAGGAUUCGGAUUCACAUGGGUCUGAGAAAUUCGAUGAUGACGAAGGCAAUGGAGUGAGCAAAACUGAUCGCAUUUCGUCUGUAAGUUCUUCUUUCGAUUUGGAUUUUGAUAGUUAUGGUAAAGCCAAACCUAGAAUUUUGGAACCCAAGUUUAAGAUUAGCUUAGCUGAGCUUUUAGAUGAGAGUAAGAUUGUACCCGUUUCGGUCUAUGGUGAUUUAGAGGUUGAGAUUACUGGAAUUCAACAUGAUUCUAGGCUUGUUAGCUUGGGUGAUUUGUUUGUGUGCUGUGUUGGGUUGAAAAAUGAUGGGCACUUGUAUUUGACUGAGGCUGAUAAGAGAGGUGCAGUGGCUGUGGUGGCUAGUAAAGAGAUAGAUAUAGAGGACACUUUGGGAUGUAAGGCUUUGGUGAUUGUGGAAGAUACCAAUGCUGUCCUUCCCGUAUUGGCAGCUGCGUUUUAUAGGUACCCGUCGAAGAAUAUGGCGGUGAUUGGAAUAACUGGGACUAAUGGGAAAACGACGACCUCGUAUUUGAUAAAAGGAAUGUAUGAAGCUAUGGGAUUGAGGACUGGAAUGUUAAGUACAGUGUCAUAUUAUGUGCAUGGAGAUAAUAAGUUGGAAUCGCCGAACACGACACCUGAUGCUGUUUUAGUUCAAAACAUGAUGGCGAAGAUGCUCCAUAAUGGGGCUGAAGCUGUUGUCAUGGAGGCUUCUUCCCAUGGACUAGCUCUAGGUAGGUGCAAUGAAGUUGAUUUUGAUAUAGCGGUUUUCACGAAUUUGACUAGGGACCAUAUGGAUUUUCAUGAGUCUGAAGAGGACUAUCAGAAUGCUAAGGCAAAGUUAUUUUCAAGAAUGGUGGAUCCAGAACGGCAUAGGAAAGUAGUUAACAUUGAUGACCCGAAUGCACCUUUUUUCAUUUCACAAGGGAAUCCUGAUGUCCCUGUUGUAACGUUUGCAAUGGAGAAUAAAAAUGCUGAUGUUCAUCCGCUUAAGUUUGAACUCUCUCUCUUUGAGACACAGGUUUUAGUUAACACUCCGCAUGGUAUAUUGGAGAUUUCAUCAGGACUGCUUGGAAGGCAUAACAUAUACAACAUAUUGGCUGCUGUCUCAGUUGGUAUUGCGGUUGGAGCACCAUUGGAGGACAUUGUUAGAGGAAUUGAAGAGGUUGAUGCAGUUCCUGGACGGUGUGAGUUGAUAGACGAGGAACAGGCAUUUGGAGUAAUUGUGGACUAUGCUCAUUCCCCCGAUGCCUUGUCUAGGUUACUGGAUUCAGUAAGGGAGCUUAGACCAAGGAGGAUUAUUACUGUUGUUGGUUGUGGUGGGGAGAGAGACAGAGGGAAAAGACCCAUGAUGGCAAAGAUUGCAACAGAUAAAAGUGAGGUGACUAUUCUGACUUCUGACAAUCCAAGGAAUGAAGAUCCUUUGGACAUCUUGGAUGAUAUGUUGGCUGGUGUAGGAUGGACAAUGCAAGAUUACUUGAAAUAUGGGGAGAAUGAUUAUUAUCCACCUCUUCCAAAUGGUCAUAGACUUUUCUUGCAUGAUAUUAGACGAGUAGCUGUGCGCUGUGCUGUUGCCAUGGGUGAGGAAGGUGAUAUGGUUGUGGUUGCUGGUAAAGGUCAUGAAACAUAUCAGAUAGAAGGUGACAAGACAGAGUUCUUUGAUGACCGAGAAGAGUGCCGAGAGGCGCUGCAGUAUGUUGAUGAGCUUCACCAAGCUGGAAUAGAUACGAGUGAAUUCCCAUGGCGGUUACCUGAGAGUCAUUAGUAACUUUUCAAUGGAGAUAGGGAGUUGAGUGCCCUGAGGGAAUAACACUGUCACUUCACUUUCAAGUGAAGGCAGCGGCAAGAGCUCUUUAGUGGAUAGGUAGUGUUCAAAAUUCGAGAAUAGGUUAUUCUUUCAAGGGAUUUUGAGUUAACAAAAAUUCUCUGUAUGUGGUGAGAAUAUAUAUAUAUAUAUAUAUAGGUUGUUGAUCAGCAUUUGCCCUCUAAAUCAGCAGUAUGGUUCGACAGAAAGUUGAAGAGUUUAGCCCUAGGAAGGAGAUAAAAGGUAGAAAUUUUUGAGCAGGUGUAAGAAUAGCAUUGUGUUAAAAUGAAACAAAAUACUCGGAUAACAAAUGUAGAACAUCUAUGCGAACCAAAUUGGCUAAUCCAAAAUGUGUACAUAUAAUUCCUCAAGUUCUUCAUGGAAAACCUUAUUGGUAUUGGCAAAAUGAACCACAAAAAAAUUUCAGAUUUC